GCAGCUCAGGAUUCACACAAACACAGACAGGAAGUGCUGUUUUUAUUCUUCCAUGUUUGACGCUCGGAGGAGGCAGAAGGGAGGCAGAGGCGAACAACGGUGAGAUAAGGGAGGACGGUCGGCGUUACCGAGGGUCACAGGGAUGUACAGUAAACACAGGCAGAAAAAUGCCCAACUGUCACCGGCAAAAUAUGCGCGUUUACUGCUUUUUCUUUCUUUUCUGUUGCUGAACGGCACACUGGAAAGCGCCAGCGGAGACGCCGAAGAAGAAGGGUUGAGAAGGGGGAGGACAGUGACGGCGCAGUGGCUUUCUCAAGGCCGAACCAAGAGGGAGCCUGGUACACAGGAAGACCAUCCAGUCAGAGGGGAAAUCGUGCUCACAUCCAAUGACCUCCAGCUGGUACUACAAGUUGAACGCAAUCACAAGCUUUUAGGUCCAGUCUUUACAGAGACCUACUACACAGAAGAUGGGCAGCCAGUAACUGUGACCAAUCACAAUUACACUGAUCACUGCUUCUACCAUGGCCAUGUAAGAGGACAUCCAGAGUCCUGGGUAGCUCUCAGCACAUGCUCAGGAGUCAGGGGCCUGAUAUCCUUGAAUUCUAGUGACACCUACUACCUUGAGCCAAUCAGUGACAUGGAUCCUCUCCACCAUUCACUGCUGAAUGCUGAGGAACUGCCAAUUAAAGGAGGAAACUGCGGCCAUGGCCAUCACACCACAGAGUCCAACCACAUCUCUGACCUGCUCAGGCCAUUUCAUUCAAGGGUUAAAAGAAACACCUGGGGUACUACCAAGUACUUGGAGCUGUACAUUGUGGCUGACAACACACUGUUUAAACGACAGAAGGACUAUGAAAAAACCAAGACAAGGAUAAUGGAAAUUGCCAAUUACGUGGAUAAGUUCUACAGGGCUCUGAACAUCCGUGUGCCCCUUAUUGGUCUGGAGGUUUGGACCGACAGAGAUCAGUGUAUUGUCUCAGAGGAGCCGAAUACCACCCUCUGGUCCUUCCUACAAUGGAGGCAGAAGCUGAAAUCCCGCAAGAAACAUGACAACGCCCAGCUGCUCACCGGUGUGAUUUUCAAGGGGACCACUAUCGGGAUGGCACCACUGGAAGGAAUGUGCAGCUUGGAAAACUCUGGAGGCAUCAACGUGGACCACUCAGACCUGUCCAUUGGCGCAGCGGCCACUAUGGCCCAUGAGAUCGGCCACAAUUUUGGUAUGAGCCACGACCACGAUGGCUGCUGUGUAGAGGCCACUGCUGAGCAGGGAGGGUGCGUGAUGGCUGCUGCUACCGGGCAUCCAUUCCCACGAGUCUUCAGUCGCUGCAGCAAACGUGACCUAGACAGCUACUUCCAGAAGGGAGGGGGCAUGUGUCUCUACAACAUGCCCAACAUGGAGGACCUGGUGGGGGGCAAGAAGUGUGGCAAUGGCUUUGUGGAGGAUGGAGAAGAGUGUGACUGUGGGGAACCGGAUGAGUGCACCAACGACUGCUGCAAUGCUAAUAACUGCACUUUGAAGGAGCAGGCUCAGUGUGCCCAUGGAGUGUGCUGCGAGGGCUGCAAAUUGAAGCAGGCAGGAACCAUGUGCCGUGGGCCGGCGGGGCCGUGUGACCUGCCAGAGUAUUGCAAUGGGGCCUCUCCUUACUGUCCUGCCAAUGUCUACCUGUUGGACGGCUCCUCCUGUCAGUAUGAGUUGGCCUACUGCUACAACGGCAUGUGCCUCACCCACGAACAGCAGUGCCUGCAGCUCUGGGGCUACGGAGCUCGGCCAGCCCAUGAUGCCUGCUUUGAAGAUGUUAAUACAGCGGGGAACGAAGGAGGGAAUUGUGGGAAAGAUGAACAUGGCAAUUAUAUGAAGUGUGAGAAAAGUGAUGCCAAGUGCGGUAAGAUUCAGUGUCAGAGCGCUGCUAAGAAGCCCAAAGGCACCAACGCUGUGUCCAUCGACACCACCAUUAAAACAGAUGGCAUCGAGGUGAAGUGCCGUGGCACCUACGUCUACAGCACCAGUGUUGACCAGGGCGACCUGCCUGACCCUGGACUAGUGAUGACUGGCACCAAGUGUGGAGAGGGCAAGGUGUGCAGAGACCGCCGAUGCCAAAAUGCUUCUUUUACUGAGCUGGAGACUUGCAUCGCACGCUGUCACAGCAACGGGGUGUGUAACAGCAAUGGGAAUUGUCACUGUAAUCGAGGCUUUGCACCACCUUUCUGUGACAAGCCAGGACUUGGGGGCAGUGUGGACAGUGGACCCAUCCAGUAUGACAGUCAGGUUGGGCUGGUGCUGGGGCUGCUGUUUGCCUUCCUGGUGCUCCUGCCUGCAGUGCUGCUGCUCCUCUACUGCUACAGGGUCAAGACAUCCUAUUAUCAUAAGUGGCUUUCCCAGAGAGAGAAGAACAAGAUCAACAAGACACAGGCAUCAGUGGAAAAGAAUGGCCAUCUGAGUUCUGCUUUUCACCUGAAGGUGGUCAGACCAAUCAACAAAGCUAGCAGCCACAAGGGGCUUCUUCACACCAGCAAAGAGGUUCUGCCUCUCAGACCGAGCCCGGUGUCCAAUGGCACCCAGCCAGUCAACAUUGUUCGACCUCUGAGACCCGCCCAGUCUGCCCAGGGUGGUCACCUAGACGUCAAGGUGGUUCGCCCACCUGGCAGGCCGCCAGCACCUGCACCCAAAUCCCCCCCAACCCCACAGAGACUCAGCCCACCCAAGAAACCUCUGCCCCUCAACCCAACACGAUCUCCACUGCCCAGACCGUCCCCCUUCCCUCCUCAGAGGCCUCUCCCCCUGAGUCCAGCCAGGGGGACUUCCCCAACAGUGAGUCCGGCCCGGAGCAUCACCUCCAAAACCUCUCCAGGCCUGCUGGUCAUGAUGCCCCCAGCGGUGGGACCCAAACCUGUGGUCAAAGUCUCAGCCAUCCCCCCUCUCAGAGUUCUCAGACCGAUCCCAGGUGCCAAACCAAACACAGCCUCGCCUCGGCCACAAAAAUGACCUUCUCCUCCUCUCUCCACCCUCUGAGGAGGCAGCGGCUGACAGCCUAUUUGCACUAAAGAGACCUUGGCUGGUAAACCACAGUGCUGUCACAUACAGCAGAGGAAGACGAACACAAAGUUAAAGCCGGAGACACGAAAGAACAAACAGGACUGAAAUGAAACCUUACUUCCUUCUCCACUUCCACUUCUGAGCCCACCCCCUCCACCUUCCUCCUCCCGGCGCGCCAAUAUUAACCACAGUGACGCAGUUUUGCACGGAGACCUUGCAGACUGAGAGUGUAACCGCUGGGGAUGGUCAAAUUUGCCAAAUCACUUGUUUUUAAUAUAAUAGUUUUGUUUAGUUUUUUUAAUCCGUCUGUGCUGUUUAUGUAUAAGAAUGCAUUUUGUAAUGUUUUUGUUUACAUUUUGUUUUACACCAUGUUUUCUGAUUUAUGUUAUGUGCCAAAGAGGUCUCUUCAUACCUGGGAUGUGUCCCGACCGCUUCAAAAUCUCCUUGCAUUACGUUUACCACAAGUCAACUCCUCCAUAUUUUUAGGUUCUAUAAUUUAUUGUAUUGUAUGAGGAAUGUCUAAAAUACAAAUCUCAAGAUGCAGAGACUUGUCAGGAGGAAGGAGAGCCAAUCACACAGCAGCUUCUUUUCAACACUGUUUACAUGGUGGAGGACUUGAUGGAUGCUUGGGGCUUGUAGGACACAUCCCAGUCGCUCAUGCUGAUUUGAAUGUCCUUUGCUGUGUGUUAUGACUUUUGAAUUGUUACAUAAAUUUUUUUUACA